AUGUCCGGCGUCCUGGCCCAUCCAGUGCUGUUUCGCCCGGCGUCGCUACGCCCAGUGCCGUCGCUCGCCCGGUGUUGCUACGCCCGGUACCAUCACUCGCCCGGUGUUGCUACGCUCGGCUUCCUGACCCACCCAGUGUCGCUACGUACGGUGCCGUCACCCGCCCAGUGUCGCUACGUACGGUGCCGUCACCCGCCCAGUGCUGCUUCGCCCGGCGUCCUGGUCCGUCCGGUGUCGCUACGCCCAGUGUCGUCGCUCGCCCAGCGUUGCUACGCCUGGGGUCCCCACUCGCCCGUUGUUGCUAUGCCCGGCAUCGUCACCCGCCCGGCGCUGCUACGCCCAGUGUCCUGGCCCGGCCAGUGUUGCUAUAUGUCCAGUGUUGUUGCGCCCGGUGCCGUCGCUACGCUCGGCGUCGUCAUCCGCCUGGUAUUACUACGCCCGGCGUCCUGA